UCUUUUUUUCUUCCCAGUCUCCUCUCUCCUCUCUCCUCUCCUUCUUCUCCAUCAUCUUUCUUGUUCAAACUUCGUUAAUUAUUCAAAAAAGCCCCAUAAAUUCAUAGCUGUUCGUUCGACCUCACUGAGCUCUCUUACUCACGAGUCGCCGAUUCUAUCACCCUUCUACUUCGCCAGCCGGUUGAGAAAGUCUUCGACGCCACAGUUGUGUGGGUUCUACAGUCUUCAAACCCCCAAUGAUUAACAUCGGUUUCUUGUUUUUCUGUCUCUACCCACUUCUUCAGCGUCCGGAUUGAAGAUAAGGGGAGAGAAAGAGAGAGACUUUCUGUAUUCAAAAGCUCAGAAUACGUGAGGGCAUCAUCUGGCGGGUGUUCAAGGAAUCCAAAUCCGGGGUUUCUAUUUGGUCUUUAUCAAUUGCUCCAUAAAGAAACACCGAAAAGUGAUUUGCUCUGGGGUUGACAAAUAGUUGAGAGUUUCUUGAUUUUCACUGUUGCUGUAUCAUUGUCAAGAGCGCGCUAUCGGUGAUGGAGGCACUGGAGAGGCAAAAGAGCUUCCCCAGGAAGAAGAUGACCAAACAGUUGACGGUGAAGCGAGACGACACUCCGUUGCAUUUGAGGGCGAGAGCUGGGGAUUCGGAGUCCCUGUUGAACGCACUGUCCGUGUCUGGGGAGAAGGAAUUGAACGGCUUGCUGACCAAGCAGAAUCAAUCUGGUGAAACCAUACUAUAUGUUGCUGCUGAGAGUGGCCAUGUUGAUCUGGUGAGGGAGUUGAUGGGGUUCUACGACAUCGGUUCAGCUGGAAUCAAGGCAAAGAAUGGAUAUGAUGCUUUUCACAUCGCUGCAAAGCAAGGAGACUUGGAUGUGUUAAAGAUUCUCAUGGAGAAGAGUCACGAGCUUUCGAUGACGACUGACUCUUCUAACACCACGGUGCUGCACACCGCCGCCUCACAAGGCCACUUCGAAGUGGUGACUUUCCUCUUGGAGGAAUGUGGAAACCUGGCCACAAUAACAAGAAACAAUGGGAAAACAGCCUUGCACUCAGCAGCGAGAAAUGGGCAUUUGGAGGUCGUGAAGGCCCUUCUAAGCAGGGAACUGGGGUUAGCAACCAUGUGCGACAAGAAGGGCCAAACGGCUCUUCACAUGGCAGUCAAGGGACAGAGUACCGAUCUCGUCGAGGAGCUCUUGAUUUUGGAUCCUACUCCACUUAACAUGGUUGAUAAUAAGGGGAAUACUGCAUUGCAUAUAGCAACACGAAAGGCUCGAGCUCAGAUUCUCUCUAAGCUUCUGAAUCACUCAGACCUUGACAAAACAGCGGUUAACAAAUCUGGAGAGACCGCCCUGGACACUGCCGAGAAAGCUGGCCAAUCCGAAAUCGCUGCUGUCCUGAGGGACCACGGCGUUCCUAGUGCUAAAUCUAUCAAUCCACCAACACCGACUGGGGCCCGGGAGUUGAACCAAACCGUGAGCGACAUAAAGCACGAGGUGCACGACCAGCUGGAGCACGGGAGGCAAACGAGGAGACGAGUGCAGGGGAUGGCCAAGCGGCUCAACAAGCUGCACUCAGAGGGCCUCAACAACGCCACCAACUCCACAACGGUCGUGGCUGUCCUGAUUGCCACAGUAGCCUUUGCUGCCAUCUUCAGUGUCCCAGGCCAGUACGCCGAUGACCCCAAGCAUGUCCCGUACGGGCACUCUGUCGGAGAAGCAAACAUCGCUCCGAAACCUGAAUUCCUCAUCUUCUUCAUAUUCGAUGCCAUCGCGCUCUUCAUAUCUCUGGCAGUCGUGGUGGUUCAGACCUCGGUGGUGGUCAUAGAGCGGAAAGCGAAGAAGCAAAUGAUGGCAGUCAUCAACAAGUUGAUGUGGUUGGCGUGCGUGAUGGUGUCGGUGGCAUUCCUCGCGCUGUGCUACGUGGUGGUGGGGAAGCGCGAUUGGGCGUUGGCAGCGGGAGUGACCGUGGUCGGAGCUGUGAUCAUGAUAGCAACUUUAGGGACGAUGUGCUACUGGGUGAUCAUGCACCGGAUAGAGGCUUAUAGGUUGAGGAGCAUCCGGAGGUCGUCGAUGAGUAGUAGGUCGAGGUCAUUGUCGAUGUCGAUGAUGAUGUCGGAUUCAGAAAUUUUGAACAGCGAGUUUAAGAAAGUUUAUGCUCUCUGAGAAUUAAUCUGCUGACAACUCCGAUGCCGACGCCGACACCGGAGAGAGGGAAUAUUAACGUAGAGCUGUUGCUGUACAUAUGAAUCGGAGGCUUUGUAGAAUGACCUGCUCUCUACCGCUUCUUGGCAGAAGAUAUUGACUGUGGAAGUUGAUAAUAAGAUGAUCUGCACUAUGAGAUGCAGAGUUUUUUCUGUCAA